CCUGGCUGUGGUUAGCUUCAUGACCGGCUGCUCCAGUGCUGGUUUCCUGACCCAACUCUAAACGUCGCGUUUUAAAGCUGACCGGACUCCCGGAGAAACGGCCGCCCGGUGCUCCGCCGACACACGGAAACCAGACAGUGCUCUUCGGCUGUUUACUGCCAGUCAGAGGCAGCUGAGCAUUCCUGGGUCCAAAUAUCUGUGUAAAUAGUCGUUCAAAUGUGAGGCCGAGAGAGGCUUGGACGUGAUGCUCGGGAACGGGAUAGAAAUUCCCCAGUUAUUUAAAUCCAGUCACAGGCCACCGCCGGUAUGCUAAUUUCCUAAAUUUGGGACAGACUGAAGCAGAAGUGGGAAGUAAAAUGGGAUUCCUGCACCAGCUCCAUCUUCUUCUGUGGAAAAACAUCUCUCUGAAGAGGAGGGGAUCGUGGGUGCUGGCCUUUGAGAUCUUCAUCCCUCUCGUCCUGUUUUUCAUCCUCCUGGGUCUGAGGCAGAAGAAGCCAGCGAUUCCUGUCAAGGAAGCCUUUUACAGCGCGGCUCCACUCACCUCAGCUGGCAUCAUUCCCAUCAUGCAGUCGCUGUGCCCAGAUGGACAGAGGGACGAAUUUGGUUUCCUGCAGUACAAAAAUUCCACCGUGACGCAGCUUCUGGAGCGGAUCAGUGAAGUGGUUGAACAGAACCGACUCUUCACGUCUGACCGGCCAGGUUUGGGUCAGGAGUUGGAGACGUUGCAACAGCACCUGGAGAGUCUCAGCUCCACUCCUCUGCCACCAGACUACAACUUCAACAGCAGCCAAGGCUUCACAGUGGCCAGUAUAUUGCGGGAUCAGUCAGCUUUCCAGCAGUUCCUGGUCAAGAAUCUUUCCCUGUCCAACUCCACAGCCAGCCUGCUGCUCAACACUCCAGUGAGCCUCACAGAGGUGUACAGUCUUAUUUUUGGCACAUCACUCACAGAUCAUAGAGGGACCCAAAGUUUGAUUCAUGGGGCAAAAGAUCCUAAACAAAUACCCAAAGACAAAGUUCUUAACUUGGAGGAGAAGCUACUGGGAGGUGUACACAGUCUGGAUGGAGGUCUGAUACAAAAAGCCUUACGUGAUCCCACCAAAGCAGCCCACAGACACGCUCUGCUCAGACUUCUGUCUCAGGCUUUAGGCUUCAGUGAAGGAACAGAAAGUCAGAGAAGCAACCAGCAGGGCAUAAAGGAAGUGGAGGGGGUACUUCUGACUGGAUCCAUGCUGGAGGCCCUCACCUGUGGAGAGGACGAUGCUCCUGAGCUCAGUAAGAUCCUGUUGGUGCCUGAGAAGCAGAGGCCUGUGCUGCAGGCCUAUCGCAGCGCAGUGUGCAGUGAAGGAGAGGCUCAGAGGUCAGAGCGCUUCAGACAGAUGAGCCUCGAGCUGAGAGAACAGAUCAACACUCAGAGUGUCACAGAGAAGCUUCACCUGGAGCAGCCCAGCUCUUUGGUUCCUCUCUCACAGGCUCACUUUGGAGCCUUAUUGAAGGACCUGACUGAUGUAGAGCGACUUCUCAAGGAUGUGGACCUGCUCUCUGGCCUGGCUCGCCUGCUUCCCAAAGGAGCUUGUACUGGUCGAACCCCAGCAUCCCCCACAAACAUUACAGGCCCCUUAAAUGCCACCAUGUGGGGCCCCAACUCAACUGAAACUCCUGGAGUUGAGGGAGAAGAGGGACCAGAGAGAGGUGGUGGGGUGGCAGGUGGUAAAGGAAAGGAAGAAACGGACAACCCUCAUUCUCAGUUCUCAGCUUUUGUACAACUGUGGGCCGGACUGCAACCUAUUCUGUGUGGGAACAACAGGAUCAUUGAGCCGGAGGCUUUGAAGCAGGGGAAUAUGAGCUCUCUGGGAUUCACCAGCAAAGAACAGAGGAAUCUGGGCCUACUGGUUCACUUGAUGACUACAAAUCCCAAGAUCCUCUACUCCCCCAUUGGCUCCCAGGUGGACAAAGUUAUUCAGAAGGCAAAUGAAACAUUUGCAUUUGUUGGGAAUGUGACACAUUACACAAAGGUCUGGCUCAACAUCUCCACCCAGCUCAGGACUUUACUAGAGGAGGGACGGCUGCACAGCUACCUGGCGUGGCUACAACAGCUGUCCUCAGAGCUUCAGCAGCACCCUGAGUUGUUGAAUGGCACAGACAGUGAGCUGAUGCAAGGUCUGAUGGAGGGAAACUAUAGCCUCCCUAACACCUCCACUCUGCUGGAGCAGCUGGAUACCAUUGACAAUGCUGCUUGUGGCUGGACACGCUUCAUGUCUAAGGUCAGUGUUGAUGUCUUCAAGGGCUUUCCUGAUGAGGACAGCAUUGUCAAUUACACUCUGAACCAGGCCUACCAGGACAACGUGUCUGUGUUUGCCAGUGUGAUUUUCCAGACUAACAAAGAUGGCUCCCUGCCACCGCAUGUUCUGUACAAAAUUAGACAAAACUCCAGCUUUACAGAGAAAACAAAUGAAAUCAGAAGGGCCUACUGGCGUCCUGGACCCAAUACUGGAGGAAAAUUCUACUUCCUCUAUGGUUUUGUCUGGAUCCAAGAUAUGAUAGAGAGAGCCAUCAUCAACACGUUUGUGGGCCAUGAUGUAGUGGAGCCUGGCAACUACGUUCAGAUGUUUCCCUACCCAUGUUACACCAGAGACGAUUUUCUAUUCGUGAUCGAGCACAUGAUGCCUCUGUGCAUGGUGAUCUCCUGGGUUUACUCAGUAGCCAUGAUGAUUCAGCACAUCGUGGCAGAGAAAGAACACCGGCUCAAAGAGGUGAUGAAGAUGAUGGGUUUGAACAAUGCUGUCCACUGGGUGGCUUGGUUCAUCACCGGCUUCGUCCAGCUGUCCAUCUCUGUCACCGCUCUCACAGCCAUCUUGAAGUAUGGUCGGGUGUUACUCCACAGUGACCCCUUCAUCAUCUGGCUCUUUCUCACCAUCUAUGCCGUAGCCACCAUCAUGUUCUGUUUUUUGGUGUCAGUAAUCUACUCAAAAGCUAAACUGGCUUCAGCCUGCGGUGGAAUCAUCUACUUCCUCAGCUAUGUACCCUACAUGUAUGUGGCUAUUAGGGAGGAGGUGGCCCAUGAUAAGAUCACUGCCUUUGAGAAAUGCAUUGCUUCUCUGAUGUCCACCACAGCCUUUGGCCUUGGCUCCAAGUAUUUUGCUCUAUAUGAGGUAGCAGGUGUUGGCAUCCAGUGGCGGACUAUUAGCCAAUCACCAGUGGAAGGUGAUGACUUUAACCUGGGUCUCUCCAUGAUGAUGCUCAUCAUCGAUGCUGGAGUGUACGGUGUGCUCACCUGGUACAUAGAGGCUGUGCAUCCAGGAAUGUAUGGGCUGCCACGCCCAUGGUACUUUCCCUUGCAGAGGUCGUAUUGGUCAGGCAGUGGGCGAGUCGAGACCUGGGAUUGGCCGUGGUGUGGAGGCGGGGCAGCCAGGCUCAGUGUGAUGGAGGAGGAUCAAGCAUGUGCGAUGGAGCAGCGGAGGUCUGAGGAAAUGCGUGGCAUAGAGGAGGAACCGAGCCACCUGCCCCUUGUAGUGUGUAUAGAUAAACUGACCAAGGUGUACAAAACCGGCUGCAAACUGGCCCUCAAUAAACUUAGCCUCAACCUCCAUGAAAACCAGGUGGUCUCCUUCCUGGGACACAAUGGCGCAGGGAAGACCACAACCAUGUCUAUCCUGACGGGCUUGUUUCCGCCUACCUCUGGCUCUGCAACCAUAUACGGUCAUGAUAUCCGCACUGAGAUGGAACGUAUCCGUCAGAACCUGGGCAUGUGUCCACAGCACAACGUCCUGUUUGACAAACUGAGUGUGGAGGAGCACCUGUGGUUCUAUUCCAGACUCAAAGGCAUGGCUGAAGAGGACAUACGCAAGGAAAUGGACAAGAUGAUCGUUGACCUGGAAUUGUCUAACAAGCGCCACAGCUUGGUACAGACCUUGUCCGGUGGGAUGAAGAGGAAGCUGUCUGUGGCCAUCGCCUUCGUUGGCGGCUCCAGGGCUGUUAUCCUUGAUGAACCCACUGCAGGUGUGGACCCCUAUGCUCGCAGGGCCAUCUGGGACCUCAUCCUCAAAUACAAACAGGGCCGUACGAUUCUGCUGUCCACCCACCAUAUGGAUGAAGCAGACCUUCUGGGAGAUCGCAUUGCCAUCAUCUCACACGGGAAACUCAAGUGCUGUGGCUCACCACUGUUCCUGAAAAGCACCUAUGGAGAUGGGUACAAACUGACCCUGGUCAAAAAACAGAGUGAAGACAUAGGCCAGGGCAGCCACCUGCAGCCUCCUUCGCCUCUGUCUCCGCCCUCCUGUCUGUCUCCUUGCUCAGAAACCCGGGUCACCCAGUUUAUUCAGCAGUUUGUGGCAUCUUGCUUGCUGGUGUCUGACUCCAACACUGAGCUGUCCUACGUCCUGCCUUCCGAGGCCGUCAAGAAGGGCUGCUUUGAGAGGCUGUUCCAGGCUUUAGAGCAGAGCUUGGACAGCCUGGCCCUGACCAGCUUCGGGGUGAUGGAUACCACCCUGGAGGAGGUCUUCCUUAAAGUGUCUGAGGAAGACCAGUCUCUGGAGAACAGCGAUGUUGACAUGAAGGGUUCCCCAGGGGGCAGCUCAGUGGGGAAAUCAUCAGUGGGUUCAGGAGGCCUUGUGGGGUCACAGAGUGAGACAGCACCCUCAGCGGAGAAUGAGAAGCCAGAGGUGGAGCUGAGUAAUCUGGUGAUGUGCUCCAGGCUGAGCCAGAGCCAAUCCUCCCUGAAAUCCUCCUCAUCCGUUGGCUCAGUACGAGGCGAUGAAGGAGGACCCUAUUCAGACUUCUAUGGUGAAUACUGUCCCCUCUUCGACAAUGGCCAAGAGUCUGACUCUGCCAGCCAGAAAGAAGAUGCAGAGAAUCCCUCUUCUCCAAAGCCUGAAGUUCUGGAAGGGCAGGGUAGCUUCAAGCUGGAUGGAUGGUGGUUAAAGCUAAGUCAGUUUCAUGGCCUCAUCGUCAAGAGAUUCCAUUGUGCCAAGAGAAAUACCAAGGGCCUCUUCUCUCAGAUCCUCCUACCUGCCUUCUUUGUCUGUGUGGCAAUGACUGUGGCUCUGUCUGUGCCUGAAAUCGGAGAUUUGCCACCCCUGAUCUUGUCUCCAUCACAGUAUCAUAACUAUACCCAACCAAGGGGCAACUUCAUCCCUUAUGCCAAUGAAGACAGACCACAGUACAGGAGUAAGCUGUCGCCAGACGCCAGCCCACACAUGAUAAUCAACACUCUCCGCCUGCCCUCUGGUGUGGGUGCUACUUGUGUCCUCAAAACCCCCUUCAACAGCACCCUGGACCAACUGGCCCAGACUAUCAACCCCAAUGCCAACGAUUCCAAGACCCUGGCGGCCCGCUACUUUGACUCCAUGUGUCUGGACUCCUUUACCCAGGGGGUCCCUCUCUCCAACUUUGUCCCCCCGCCACCUUCACCAGCACCUUCAGAUGACCCAGACCCUCGUUUUGAGGAUGGGCUGUGGAACUUAACGGUUGCCCCACCAACUACAGUCCAUGAGCCUGUUACGUCUCCUCCCACCCUCCCCCUGUCCAUCCAUGAGCCGGUGCGUUGCACCUGCUCCAUGCAGGGGACCGGCUUUUCCUGCCCUAGUGGGGUAGGAGGACGCCCUCCACUAAUGAAGGUGGUGACAGGUGACAUUUUGGUGGACAUCACAGGUCGCAAUAUCAGUGAAUAUCUGCUCUUCACAUCAGACAGAGUACGGCUGCACAGAUACGGUGGUUUAACGGUGGGGAACAUCCAGAAAUCAAUUCCAGCAUCCUUUGGGAGAAAGAUACCUCCAAUGAUUCGCAAGAUUGCAGUUCGCAGAUCAGCUCAGGCUCUGUACAACAACAAAGGUUACCACAGCAUGCCGACAUAUUUGAACGUUCUCAACAACGCCAUCCUGCGUGCCAACCUGCCUCCAUCCAAGGGCAACCCUGCUGCCUAUGGUAUCACACUGACAAACCAUCCAAUGAAUCGAACCAGCGCCAGCCUCUCUUUGGACUAUUUGCUCCAGGGGACAGAUGUGGUGAUCGCCAUCUUCAUUAUCGUGGCCAUGUCCUUUGUACCAGCCAGCUUUGUGGUUUUCUUGGUGGCAGAAAAAUCCACAAAGGCCAAACACCUGCAAUUUGUCAGCGGCUGUGAUCCUGUCAUCUACUGGCUUGCUAACUAUAUCUGGGACAUGCUGAAUUACCUGGUGCCCGCCACGUGCUGUGUUAUUAUUCUGUUUGUGUUUGACCUGCCGGCCUACACCUCCUCAACCAACUUCCCUGCUGUUCUCUCCCUCUUCCUUCUCUAUGGGUGGUCCAUCACUCCCAUCAUGUACCCUGCAUCAUUCUGGUUUGAGGUCCCCAGUACAGCCUACGUGUUCCUCAUAGUCAUCAACCUCUUCAUAGGCAUCACUGCAACUGUUGCCACCUUCCUCCUGCAGCUCUUUGAACAUGACAAGGAUCUGAAAAAAGUCAACAGUUACCUGAAGUCCUGUUUUCUCAUCUUCCCCAACUACAACCUGGGCCAUGGGCUGAUGGAGAUGGCUUACAACGAGUACAUCAACGAAUAUUACGCUAAAAUAGGACAGUUUGACAAGAUGAAGUCUCCAUUUGAGUGGGACAUUGUGACUCGAGGACUUGUUGCCAUGACAAUCGAAGGCUUUGUUGGCUUCCUCAUCACCAUCCUCUGCCAGUACAACUUCCUCAGGAAACCUCCGAGGGUGCCAGUCAGCUGCCAGCCUAUAGAUGAUGAUGAUGUAGACGUGGCCAGUGAGAGACGAAGAGUCCUACGAGGAGAUGCCGACAACGAUAUGUUGAAGAUCAAAAAUCUUACAAAGGUGUAUAAAUCAAGGAAGAUGGGUCGCAUCCUGGCAGUGGACCGCCUGUGUCUGGGUGUCCGGCCUGGUGAGUGCUUUGGACUGCUGGGAGUAAAUGGAGCUGGAAAGACCACCACCUUCAAGAUGCUGACAGGAGACGAGUGCACCACAGGAGGAGAGGCCUUCAUUAACGGAAACAAUAUCCUGAAGGACCUGUUACGUGUGCAGCAGAGUAUCGGCUACUGUCCACAGUUUGAUGCUCUGUUUGAUGACCUGACAGCCAGGGAGCAUUUGGAGCUCUACACUCGCCUCCGUGGUAUUCCCUGGAAGGACCAGGACAGGGUGGUGCAGUGGGCAUUAGAAAAGCUAGAGUUGUCCAAGUAUGCAGACAAACCAGCUGGCACUUACAGUGGAGGAAACAAACGCAAGCUUUCCACUGCCAUUGCUCUGAUUGGGUACCCAUCGCUCAUCUUCCUGGAUGAGCCAACCACUGGAAUGGACCCAAAAGCCCGCAGAUUCCUCUGGAAUUUGAUCCUGGACAUAAUCAAGACAGGACGCUCUGUAGUGUUGACGUCACACAGCAUGGAGGAGUGUGAAGCAUUGUGUACCAGACUGGGCAUCAUGGUGAACGGCAGGUUUAAAUGCCUGGGCAGCAUCCAGCACCUAAAGAACAGGUUUGGAGAUGGCUACAUGAUCACAGUAAGGACCAAAACAAGCUCCUAUGUGAAGGACGUGGUUCGAUUCUUCAACAGAAACUUCCCAGAAGCUGUGCUGAAGGAGCGUCACCACACCAAGGUCCAGUACCAGCUAAAGUCUGAGCGGAUCUCACUUGCUCAGGUCUUCAGUAAGAUGGAGCAAGUGGUCGAGGUGCUGGGCAUUGAGGAUUACUCUGUCAGUCAGACUACUCUGGACAACGUGUUUGUAAAUUUUGCCAAGAAGCAGAGCGACAACCUGGAGCAGCAGGAGGUGUCGCCGCCCGGUGGUGGACAGUCCCCUCUGCAGCGCAUCCUGAACCUGCUGAAGUCUCGACCAGCCAACACGGAGCUCAAUGCUCUGAUCAGUGAGGCGCCAGCAGAACUGGAGAGUGACGAUGAUGAAGGACUCAUCAGCUUUGAAGAGGAAAGGGUGCAACUCUCUUUUAACACAGACACACUCUGUUGAAAUGAACCAGUUCAAGAGUGGAGAGAUGACAAGAGUCACAGAAGGGGAAAACCUGAUCUACUCUUCUGACCUCUGAACCCUGGAGGGAGGACGGACCUGCAGAUUCUACCCUAAAAAGGACCAAAACUCAAAAUGGGACAUAGGACCAGUAGUUUAGUAUUUCAGCCUCAAAUUUCUUCCCCCAGGUGGGACUGAGGUGGUUUAGAUCAGGAUAUGUGACGUGCAAUGCUCAGGCUGCAGGUAGAGACCCAGCAGCAGCAGGAAUUGUCUCUGGAUUGAGGAAUGUUCCUUAUUGUUUUAUUCUCAGACUGUAUAUGUGUAACUGACUGAUGGAUACAGUAGGUUAGCUACCUUUGUUUGAGAAAGAACAUAUCAUUGAUUAAACCUGACAACACAGGUUACUUUAAGUUGGAUGUAUGCGCUCCCUGCCAAAGGCCCUCAUGUAUCCAGACUGGGCCUUCAUAACUGUAUCAAACCAGACCUGCAUUGAGAGCAUGCUGCAACGAUGGUAUUGUGAUACAGUCUAUUUUUCUGUGGCAAGAUGUUAUUUUGGAUAUCGAAGCAGCUGUGGACUGGUGUGUGCUUUAUUUCGCAAUAACACAGGAUUUAGUGAAAUGCAUCCUGGAAAGUGGAGGGAGUGGACAUGUGAGCAGCUGAUGUUAGAAUGAUGUCAGAAGGAAUGUACGAGCAUGGUUACUGUCCUGACGAUGCCUCCCUUUUAUCAACUUGUUUUGACACUGUACAUUUGGUCUCUUUCUACAAAGUGCUCUCUGUUGUGUUUUAAUAUAUUAUGUUGUGGAGUCUGCCAACAAACUGGACACAGUGUAUAAUAGCAACAUCAACAAUAAUGGCUCCAACUCCAGUCAAAGUAAUCUGCAUUCUAACAGUCAGAAUGUGACAUAAACUCUAAUAUUUCCUGACAACGACAGCACUACCAUCACUGUGAUACUAAAAGCACCUCUCAGAUCAGUAUAAUAUUUGUUUCUUUCUGGGGUCUACUCUGUUUUAUGAUUUGCAGACGAUCAUGUAUUUUUUAUGGACUUUGGAUGAAUCAAAAUGUGCAUAAUAUUCACACUUACAAACAUGGAUGUUUCCUGACUGUAUGUUGGCAUGUGGUUUUACCAGACCAUGAGUUUUGUGAUAAUUGAGUUGUAAUCUGUUGUGUCUAAGAUAAUUCCUUUUUCACUCCUUUCACAGCUAACAGCAGUCUUAUUUUUGGUGACAUCAUGGCACUAGUGGGCUUUUUCCUGCUUAAAGGGGUCAUUAUUAAACAAGAAAAACUGACUGCUGUCAUUUCUUUCUUGUCUGAGAAUGUGAAGCUCUUUAGUUGCCUUUGGAAGUCGUUUACCAACCAAAGGCUGUUUGUUCACCAAAGGACUGGAGAGCUACAAGUAUGUCUGCAGGCAACAGGAAAGCACGGUAGAGAUUCCUGAUCUCAACGUCGUGGAGUCAGUGUGGGAUUACAUGGAGAGAAAGAAAACAUUGAAGCAGCCUGAAUCCACAGAGGAACUGUGGCAUUAUCUUCAGGAUGCUGAACAACCUACCUGCCAAGUAGCUUGAAAAACUGUGCAAGUGUACCAAGGAGAAUUGGUGCUGUUUUAAUGACACGGGACGGUCACACUAAAAAAUGAUAUAUUUUCUCUUUACUGCACUUUGUAUGAAGUUAAAUGAUGAAUAAAAACUAUUAAUGGCA